GCGGAGCACGGCUCGCGCGUUUCGCAGGCAAGUCCCAAGCCCUUCUGUGGUCGGGUGCGCGCCGCCCAUCACGCGCCGCGCAAUACGUUCAGUGUCCUCGAGCGUCGUUACGGCUUCGCGAAUAUCGUCGAGCGUGGCGUCGGGGUCUUCGUAGAGAGCCUCCGCGAAAAACCACCUAUCGUGAGGAGGUCGGCGUAGGUCGCGCGGCUGCUCGGCUGCGGGCGGCGGACUCGAGCUCGCCGUGUUUUCCAAGCCCCGGUACGACGAAUUUUAUCUGGCCCGUCGCGUGACAUCCAAACACAGCCUCGGCCUUUUUUUUAAAACUGGAUCUCCUUAGCGCUCGUCUUGGCGCAAAUAUCUCUCGCCGCGCGCACUUGUGUGAGUCAGUGGGCGUGUUACGAUUAACCCUCGACCACUGAUUCGUAUUGAUGGGCGCCUGUGGACUCGUUUGAUCCAGCA